GCCCGUACCUCGGCAGCAGGAAAAUGGAGGAGUGAUCCGACUUUCCAAACGGCGGGCGGAGGAGUACUUUGUAAGCGUUGCGGAAGAGAGAGUAGCUGUGGUCGAGUAUGCUGUCUCCCCAUAUGCUCAUCUGGAUGUGUUGACAAAAUUACAGAGAGACAGUGAUGCUCUGUUGAAGUUUCCAGCAGUGGUGAAGGCAGUCUCCAGGGUGCUGUUGGUCUUGGGGGCCAGACGUAAACAAUGAGCGACGGGAUCAUGGGGAAAGCUGCCACGAUGGAGAUCACUAUAAACAGCAACGGUGACAGUGCCCAGCUGCCAGAGGACGACAGCCUGGAGCAGGACCUCCAGCAGGUGAUGGUUUCUGGACCAAAUCUCAAUGAGACCAGUAUUGUUUCCGGAGGUUACGGAGGGACAGCAGAGGGGAUCAUUGCCAGCGGCACUAUCAAAGGGUCCGGUAAUGUUCACCAGACCCAGAGCCACUCGGUGACGGCGAGCAGUGAGCCCGCCCGUGGCAUCGCUGUGGAAAAGUUUGACGUUGUGAAAAAGUGGGGGAUCAACACCUACAAGUGCACCAAACAGCUGAUCUCGGAACGUUUCGGACGGGGCUCUCGUACUGUCGACCUGGAGCUGGAAGCGCAGAUCGAGGUGCUCAGGGACACCAAGCGCAAGUAUGAGAAUGUGCUGCGUCUGUCGCGUGCCCUCACCACUCACUUUUACAGCCUUGUGCAGACCCAGCGAGCCCUGGGAGAGGCUUUUUCCGACCUCAGCCAGAAAUCCCCAGAGCUGCAGGAGGAGUUUGGAUACAACGCUGAGACUCAGAAACUACUCUGCAAGAAUGGGGAGACACUACUUGGUGCUGUCAAUUUCUUUGUGUCCAGUAUCAACACCCUUGUCAACAAAACCAUGGAGGAUACUCUGCUCACAAUCAAACUCUUCGAGAAUGCCAGGCUGGAAUAUGAUGCUUACCGCACAGACCUGGAGGAGCUGAACCUGGGUCCUCGGGACCCCGUCACCCUACCAAAGAUCGACCUGGCUCAGCAGCUGUACGUGGUGCACAAGGAGAAGUAUGAGCGGUUACGCAGUGACGUCACUAUCAAGCUGAAAUUCCUGGAGGAAAACAAGGUGAAAGUAAUGCAUAAACAACUUCUCCUCUUCCACAAUGCCAUCUCUGCCUACUUUGCGGGCAACCAGCAGCAGCUGGAGCAGACGCUGAAGCAGUUUAACGUGAAGCUGAAGGCGCCGAGCUCAGAGAAGCCAUCCUGGCUGGAGGAGCAGUGAAGGUUCAGCGAUAGGCAAGUGCGACAUUCCGGCAUUAGUGGCCGCCCCAAACACAGGCAGCUGCAUUAAACUGACCAACACAAACACCUGUCCAAGGCUUGUCUGUUUGAUCCAACUCAAACAUGUUAGAAAUUUAGGGAAAUUUCCUCGUUGCUUCAAGUUGAAUCAUUUCCAGAUUUCAUGCCUUCAUAAUCUUCCUACAAAAUUAAACACUAUGGAGCAAUGGGAGAGUGUGUGACCCCCUCCAAACAAAGCCCUGGUUUGUACAUAAUCUGACUCAAGAGGCAGCUCUCUCUUGCCACUCCCCAGCCUCUCGGCCUUGAGGUUGUCAUGGUAUCUGCCAGUGGUGACGGCUCUCUCCUGGCACUCCCCAGCCCCUCAGCCUUGUGCUAUUGUACGAGGCAGGGUAGGUAUCUCUUUCCUGGUUAAACCCCCCCCCCCCCCACCAGCCCCUCGGCCUUGUGCUGUUGUUUAUCUGUCAGGGCUGGCAUCUUUCUCCUGGCACCACCCCCCCCCACUCCCCCCAACCUCUCAGCCUUGUGCUGUUGUACCAGGCAGGGUAGGCAUCUCUCUCCUGGAAACUCCACCUCCCCCCCCGGCGUUGGUGCUGUUGUACCCGGCAGUGGUGACGGUUCUCUCCCGACACUCCCUUUUUCACCCCCCCCCCCCAAUCUCUUAGCCUUGGGGCUGUCGUCAUACAUGGGAAUUGGGCGCUUUCGGUGGGAGCUGACUUAUCAGCCCCUUGUGGUGAUGGGGGUCUGUGGUCACAGCCACUGUGGUCAGCUACUAUGGGCAGUCAGUCGGACCUGGUACAUUUUAGUACCGAGCUGCCCCGUUGCAGGGGGUCGGGAUGGGCAGGGUCUGGCUAGGCAUAGACCACCUCAGGUGGAUAUACACCUGGAGCUGUGGGUGCUGACCACAGACCAGCAGAUGGGUGAGUUCCAGCGCUGCGUGCUAACACUGAGGGGAGUUAUGAUGCAUCGUCCAGGUCCACUGGUAACGUGAUCGAUCCCUGGUUUUGGAAUUGUUAGCAGGGUGUGGGUUCUGUGUGUAUUAAAAAUUAUCUAUAACUACA